AUGGUGAUGCCAAUUCGCACGGGUACAAAAUGGAACUGUUGCUUUGAAAUAAAAAUACCCCACUUGGCGACAAAACCAGACAGCCUGUGCAAACUGUAUGAGAUGGAUGAGAACCACGAGCGACGCAUGUGGCUUGACAAACUGCUGCAGUUCAUGGAGGAGCGUGGAACACCUAUCUCAGCAUGUCCCACCAUCUCCAAGAAUCCUCUCGAUCUCUAUCGGUUGUAUGCUUACGUCAAGGAAAGAGGGGGCUUCAUGGAGGUCACAAAAAACAAAACCUGGAAAGACAUUGCAGGGCUUUUAGGCAUCGGAGCAUCUUCAAGUGCUGCAUAUACACUUCGGAAGCAUUACACGAAAAACCUUUUGGCCUUCGAAUGUCACUUUGACCGUGGAGGUAUAGACCCACAACCAAUUAUAAAUCAAGUGGAAUCUACUUCGAAGAAGAAGAUGACCAAGACAUCAUCAGUUCCAUCUCCAGGCUCAUCAAAUUCACAGGAUUCAUUUCCAGCAGCUGGUUCAAGUGGAGAAAAUAUUUUGAUAUUACAGUUAAGAGUCUAUUUCCCAUAUCUUCUGAGGAGUCCAUAUCAAAAUUCUAUGUCACAUGUAGAUAUCUGCUUCAGAUUGCUGGAUAAAUAUUUCUCCCUUGCUGAGGUAGACCAGCAAGUUCUGGCAGGAAUUGUUGAUUUUAUAUUUGUUAUUUUAGGAAUUCAGCAAGGCUAUCAAGGCCAGUCCGGGUACUCUCAGUAUCCGGAUCAGUAUCCCCAUAGUCGUGGACAACCAACGAAUAUGGGGCAGGAAUUCAAUCAGCAGUACUCUCCCAGCAGCUCAUAUCCACCUGCUCGGCCUAUGUAUCCUCCCUACGCUUCUGAGACUGAAAGGAGUUAUGGACAAGGUAGAGGGACGCAGCAGUCGGCUGGUGGUCAAGAUCCCUUUGGACACAACCGGUACGGGGGGCCCAGACAGCCACCUGGCUAUCCUUCACGUACUGGCUAUCCUGCUCCACCUAUGGGACCACCAGCACAGCAACCCACAGGGUAUCCACCACAGCAAGACUAUUACCGUCAAGAUCCGCUUCCUCAUAGUUAUUAUUCAGGUAGAUAUGAGAUCACAUUCUCACUGAUACAAAAAUGUUAUGAUUCUGAUGUACUGUUUCUAAUAAGGGGAAAGUGUGAAAAUGUACAGCACAAUUGCAGGUCAUUACCAGGAAUAAUUAGUGCAGUUAACAGCAAGGAGCUUGUGAACAUUACAAUUGAAAGUAAAUACUGCCAACAGGUAUAUUCUGGUCAACAAGCAGCUACUGCAACUGGCCCAGGUGGUCAGAUGUAUCCUGGAAACCCUCAUAGUAAAUCAAUGCCACCUCCAGCUCCACAGACCCCUAGAAGGCAUCCAGAUUUUGCAAAAGACCCACAGCAGUCUCCCUAUCCACCAUAUAGUCAACAAAGGCCUUCCAUAUACGGCUGGAGUAGUGGUAACACUCAGUAUCGGGCACUGUACCCUCCACAAGGACCUGUUCCACAAGGGCCUCCACAGUGGAACCAAAAUGCUCAACGAGCUGGUGGUCCUGAGCCUGGUCAGCCAGCUAACAGCCAGUGGGACCAGCACCGCUACCAAGCUAGUGGACAGUCACCGUAUCAGCCUCCACAACAGCAGCAGUGGGUUCCAAGUAUGCAGACUCCUGGUAUUAAUCAAAACUCACUCCUAAGGCCACCGAUGGUUAGCCCAUGUGCUCCAUUCCGACCGGAAGGAAAGCCGUAUUCGAUGCAGCAACUACCGGGUUCAAAGGCGCAGCCACCUGGGAUGAAUAAUGCGCAGGUCUACCAACAACAGAGUGCCCCAAAGCGAGAGAUCGUUUUCCCUCCAGAAAGUGUGGAAGCAAUAUUGCCUGUUUUGUAUAAACGCAAGCGAAUGACACGAGGGGAUGUAGCACCUGUAGAAGCAUGGAGGCUUAUGAUGAGUCUGCGCUCUGGCCUACUGGCAGAGAGUGCUUGGGCUCUGGAUAUUCUCAACAUCCUUUUGUUUGAUGAUAGCACAGUUGCAUAUUUUGGACUAGCCCACAUGCCAGGACUACUUGAUGUGCUGUUGGAGCAUUUCAGACGCAGUUUAGCUGACAUGUUUGACUCGCCUCUUCCAGAUUCUGGGAAGAAGUGGUUCCAGGCACCAAAGGUGGAAACACCGGAAGUGGACCUAGGGCAAGUUAGAGUGCCAGUUGAUCCUGCAGAUCACAUCACAUUAAUGAAAUCGACACCAAAUUAUACUCUUGUGACUAGAAACGGUGAGGUAGUUCGAAUUGUGAACAGAGAUAAUGAGAUUUUUGUUGUGGAUAAUCGGAAGAGCUGGGACAUUGAAGGUGACUUGGCAGAAAACUAUGAUGUGGUUCAAGACCCGUGGCAGUUGACCUCUUCAGACAUCAGUUCGACGAAGUACAUUGUGUCAUGUUUCCAAGGAGAGUUCGGUAAUGUUCCAUUUGCGAGACUGCUUGAUGACAGUAAAACUGUAGGUGCCGAAGAGGAAGAAGAUUGUCGGACAAAAGUAAGUGAAGAAGAAUCGUAUCCCAUUGAAAACUUGAGUGUAACUCCUCCUAUAGUGCUAAAAGUGGAAUGUAGUGAUGACAACGGUGUUAUUGAUAGUUCGAGCAGUGCAUCUAAUGUGAUACUUAAUGAGGAACAUUUGAGUAAAGACAGCUCCUUCGUUGAUGUGCAGGAUAGUGAUGAAGUGAAACGGACUAAAACUAUUUUGAGUGAUGUGUUUUCGCGGAUAAAAACGGAAAAUACGGAAGAAAAUUCAUUGCUGCCUGAACACUGUGUAGACCCCUUAGAGCCUCCUAAAGAAACUGUAGAAGUGAAAAAGGAAGCAAACUGUGUCGAAAGUGAGAGCAGUAGUAAUUAUGAAAGGGAGUUGCCGCAUUCUCCAAAUGUACCAAAGGAUAUUGAAACAAAGAGUGAUAAUGCUGUAUCAGAAACUAGUGACACAAAUAAUUUUAGCAGCAGUAACAUAAAAACAGAACAUACAAACAAUGACAAUAGUUCUAAUAGCAAUGAGAGUAGUAUAUUCAACAUAAGCAAAGGUGAUAACUGUAACAGCACAACACCGAAUGAAUCCAGUUGCGAUUAUAAGAUCAAAGAAGGUGUUGAAAGUGAAAUUAUUGCCAGUGAAGAAAACAGUGAAGAAAACAGGGGCGGCCUACAAAUAAGGGAUCCUGCGGGAACGUUGAAAAGAAGACGUAUGUCAGAUUAUGAAGACGAAUGUUACGCGAGAGAUGAAGCGAGCCUUUACCUUGUUACUGAUACACAGGAUGCAAAGGCAAGGCGUUGUGUUUGUCUUUCAACUAUUUUGAGGAAUCUGACAUUUGUCCCGGGCAAUGAAGCAGAGUUUGCCAAAAAUGUUACAUUCCUUGAUUUGUUGGGGAAGCUUUUACUCUUACACCACGAACAUCCUCCUCGUGCACAGAAACAGCGCAAUUAUGACUGUGAAGAAGAUGCUGACUUUGCAGAUUCUUGUAGCAGUUUACAAGGUGAAGCGGAAUGGUGGUGGGACUUCUUGCACCAUGUGCGCGAAAAUGUGUUGGUGACAGCGGCUAAUAUUGCCGGUCAUAUGGACCUCGGUCAACAUCCUGAGGAAGUGUCGCGGCCCGUAAUUGAUGGACUUCUUCACUGGGCAGUUUGUCCAGCUGCUCAUGGUCAGGACCCAUUUCCUGGAUCUUCAGGCUCGUUGUCACCCCAGCGCCUCGCACUGGAAGCUCUGUGCAAAUUGUGCGUAACGGACUCUAAUGUAGAUCUGGUUGUAGCUACGCCACCCUACUCCCGUUUGGAACGUCUGUGUGCUGUGCUGACACGACUUCUGUGCUGGUCAGAAGAGCAAGUGCUACGAGAGUUUGCAGUGAAUAUGCUGCACUACCUGGCCGCUGCGGACAGUGGUGUGGCACGUACUGUUGCACUGCAGAGCCCGUGUGUGUCCUUGCUAGUAGCAUUCAUCGAGCAGGCGGAAGCUACUGCAUUAGGGGUAGCCUAUCAGCACGGUAUCGGUGCACUUAUAGACAAUCCAGAUGCUAUGGGAACCAGUCUGGAUAUGCUGAGGCGUGCGGCUGGUACAUUACUUCAUCUGGCACGACAUCCUGAAAACCGGCCGCUCUUCCUGCAGCAAGAACAGCGUCUGUUAUCCCUCGUCAUGAGCCAGAUCCUCGAUCAGCAAGUGGCAGCUGUAAUCUCCAGUGUUCUUUUCCAGUGCUCAUGGCCCUCUUCGUAGCAUGCACAGCAGUUGUAGACAACUAAGUGGUGAAACUGGCACGGAUGUUUCCUUCUCUUGUGAUUUUUGCUGGAACAUAUUGUGAGAGAUGACUUUUAAGUCUGAAUGUAAUGAGGACUGAGUUUCCGGUUCGUCAGUCCUUUAUUCCUUUCUUUUA